CCCCUGGAGUCCCAGGGCUGGACAGCAUCGCUGCUAGGCUCAGUCUUUCCUCCGAGGCCGUGCGCUUUUUGCUUAGAAAAACCGUGAGGAAAAACAGGAUCCGUUUUGGUUUUUAAAGCCGCCGAACUUGUUUAGCAGUGUUGUGGAAGAAUGUGCUUUACUUCAGCAAGAGAACAUGAGUUCAGCAGGGAAGAGAAGAGGAAAGCCCAACAGAGGAGGAGGAAGAGCGAGAGGAGGAGGAGGAAAAGGAAGAGGAGGAGGAGGGAGAGGAGGAGGCAGCAGCUAUUCAAACAAGUCUCAACUUGGUGGAAAUAGGAAAUGUUCAACAAGAAUUUGGGAUGAUGGGGAUGAUUUUUGUCUCUUCGAGGAACCAAGGCUGGAGUCCAGAUCGAGUGCCCCUGCCAGAAGAGGAGGGCAAACAAGACAGAGAGCUGAAGCCAGAAUGCCUCUGCAGACCAUACACAUGACAUCGGAGAACCAGAGAAGAGUGAAAGAACUUCUUCGAGAGCUUCAAGGGCAGGAGCUGGCACCUGAAUCAGAAGUAGCUGGUUCUGGUGAAGAUGAUGAUGAACCUGAUUACCUUGAUGAUGAGCAGUGUUGGUCAACGGAUCAAGAAGUUUCUGACAUAACUCCAAGGUCUUCUGCUGAACCAGCUGAACACAGAAUUGUGGAAAGUGAGGUGUCUCCGUUUGCUGUGCAUAAACUGUCCAGGUAUGGUUUCGACAAGGAGCAUUGUAGGACGGUGCUGAGAUCCUGCAACGGUAAUAUUGGGGCAUCACUGGAGUAUUUGCUGUUGCAGUGCUUUGCAGAAAGAUACGGAGAGAAGAUGCAGGUUUCUGCAGCAGCUGCUCAGGCCGGUCGAGAAGAAUGCUUAGACCAGAGACAAGAAGAGGCUUUUGUCCUCCGGUCAAUCUAUGGAGAAAAAUUUGUAGAAAGAAUUCAAAACCGAGUUUGGACUUUUGGUUUGGAACUGGAGUACCUAACAAACAGGCUCAGCAAAUCUAAUCAAAAGGGUAGCUCUACUAGAGACACAACAAAGCAGACUUCACAAGAAGUAUGUAAAUUUUAUCUCCAAGGAGGCUGCAGGUUUGGUUCAAAAUGCAGAUUCAGACAUGAAGUUCCUCCAAAUCACCCCCUAAGACCAGCCAAGAGCUGUGUAGAUGAUGCUCAUCUCAGACCUAACAGUGAUGACUCUCCCAUGUAUGAACUUGAAAUAAGAUUUCCCGAAGAAAACAAGUAUCCGCUCCAGGCACCUCUUGUGGCGUUUUAUUCCACCAAUGAGAAUCUACCUCUUGCUUGUCGUUUGCACAUUGCUGAAUUCCUCUUUGGAAAAGCCUUGAUAGCCGCGGAGUCUAGCGAACCAGUGGUGUACGCGUUAGUGACCUGCUUAGAAGACGAAUCUGAAAUAAGCCAGUUGCUUAAAAAUACUCACCACAAGUACAGUGUUCCUCCUCUGUCCCUGCCGGCAACGCCUGCAGUAAGGCUGCGUACGGAUAGUUCGCCUGGUUCGAAUGAGGUGUCGGAAGGUACACCGGAUUUCCCUCUAGUGCUUCGGGGCAGAGAGCAGCCAAGAGUCUCUAUAGUGUCAGAGUCUCAGGAGGAAGAGGAGAUAGCAGAAGAGGAGGAGGAAGAUGAGCCUGAACAAGUCAUUGUGGAGAAUGAGAGUUAUGUAAACCUCAAGAAAAAGCUUUCCAGAAAGUAUGAUAUGCAGGCAAAGUCUCUGUAUAAUGAAAAUGUCAAAAUCUGCAAGCAAUUUCGGCUGAAAAAGUCUUCUAGGCACUUCCAGUCCAUGUUGCAAGAAAGACAGAAGCUCCCUGCGUGGCAAGAAAGAGAAACCAUUCUUGAUUUGCUGAAUAGUCACCAAGUUCUUGUUGUGAGCGGCAUGACAGGAUGUGGGAAAACCACUCAGAUUCCUCAGUUUAUUUUGGAUGCUUCAUUACAAGGUUCUCCAAACAGAGUUGCAAACAUCAUCUGUACUCAGCCUCGCCGGAUCUCUGCCAUUUCUGUGGCUGAACGUGUAGCCAAAGAAAGAACAGAAAGGAUCGGGGUCACUGUUGGAUAUCAGAUCCGACUAGAAAGUGUAAAGUCCUCAGCUACCAGACUGUUGUACUGCACUACUGGUGUUCUGCUGAGAAGGCUGGAAGGAGAUCUGACUUUGCAGGGGGUCACACAUGUUAUUGUGGAUGAAGUUCAUGAAAGAACAGAAGAAAGUGACUUCUUGCUGCUGGUUUUGAAGGAUAUAAUGUUUCAGAGACCAGACCUGCGCAUUAUACUAAUGAGUGCCACCUUGAAUGCAGAGCUUUUUUCUCAGUACUUUCACUCCUGCCCAAUUAUUAACAUACCAGGCCGAACGUUUCCUGUGGAUCAGUUUUUUCUGGAAGAUGUGAUUGCAAUGACAAGGUAUGUUUUGGAGGACAGCAGUCCCUACAGACGCAAGACAAAGCAAGAAAACAAACUGAAUGGAAGACACAAAAGAACUGCAUUUGAAGAAGUAGAGGAGGAUCUGAGACGUGCUGGCCUCCUGGGAGAGGCUGAGACAGCUAUCAGGGAUUCAGACCCAGACCAAAAAUUAACUCUAAAACAGCUCCUGGCACGAUAUAAAGGAGUUAACAAAACAGUGUUGAAAACAAUGUCUGUCAUGGACUUGGACAAAGUUAAUCUGGAAUUAAUUGAAGCCUUGCUGGAGUGGAUAGUCGCUGGCAGACAUUCAUAUCCCCCAGGUGCUGUGUUGAUAUUUUUGCCUGGUCUAGCAGAAAUCAAGAUGCUUUAUGAGCAGCUCCAGUCUAAUGCUCUUUUCAAUAACAGACACAGCACGAGGUGCGUUGUUUAUCCGCUUCAUUCUUCACUGUCUAGUGAAGAACAACAGUUUGUGUUCCUCAAGCCUCCUGUAGGAGUUAUCAAAAUAAUCAUCUCUACAAACAUUGCAGAAACGUCUGUCACCAUCGAUGAUGUGGUCUAUGUGAUUGAUUCUGGGAAGAUGAAAGAGAAAAGAUACGACCCAAGCAAAGGAAUGGAAAGUCUGGAAGACACAUUUGUGUCCAGGGCCAAUGCUUUGCAAAGGAAAGGGCGAGCAGGCCGUGUAGCCUCAGGAGUCUGCUUUCAUCUUUUCAGCAGCCAUCACUAUAACCAUCAGCUUAUAAAAGAGCAGCUACCAGAAAUACAAAGAGUGCCCCUGGAGCAGCUUUGUCUGAGAAUUAAAAUUCUGGAGAUGUUUUCUGCACAGAGUCUUCACUCUGUCUUAUCACGGUUAAUUGAGCCCCCGAGAACUGAGUCUUUGCGGGCAUCAAAGCUGCGACUACAAGACUUGGGAGCGUUAACUUCGGAUGAAAAGCUCACCCCCUUGGGAUAUCACUUGGCUUCGCUGCCUGUUGAUGUCAGGAUUGGCAAGCUCAUGUUGUUUGGCACCAUCUUCCGCUGCCUGGAUCCUGCACUAACUAUAGCAGCCAGUCUGGCCUUCAAGUCGCCUUUUGUGUCACCAUGGGAUAAAAGGGAAGAAGCAAACAAAAAGAAGUUGGAGUUUGCAGUAGGAAACAGUGACUAUCUGGCUCUUCUUCAGGCCUAUAAGGGCUGGCGUUUAAGUACCAAAGAGGGCUCUCAGGCAAGCUACAGCUAUUGCAGGGAGAACUUUUUAUCAGGAAGAGUUCUUCAGGAAAUUGCCAGUCUGAAAAGGCAGUUCACAGAACUGCUUUCUGAUAUUGGGUUUGUGAAGGAAGGAUUAAGAGCCAGGGAUAUUGAGAAGAAGUGUUGCCAAGGAGAUGGCGUGUUGGAUGCCACAGGAGAAGAGGCAAAUUCGAAUGCAGAGAACAUCAAGCUGAUCUCAGCUAUGUUGUGUGCUGCACUGUAUCCCAAUGUUGUCCAGGUGAAAACGCCAGAGGGCAAAUACCAAAAGACUAGUACAGGAGCAGUCAAAAUGCAACCAAAAGCAGAAGAGCUGAAAUUUGUUACCAAAAAUGAUGGUUAUGUUCACAUUCACCCUUCCUCUGUGAAUUAUCAGACUAGGCACUUCGAGAGUCCCUACCUGGUGUACCACGAGAAGAUCAAGACCAGCCGCGUGUUCAUUCGAGACUGCAGCAUGGUGUCAGUGUACCCGCUGGUCCUCCUCGGGGGCGGGCAGGUUCACAUGCAGCUGCAGAAGGGAGAAUUUGUCAUUUCCCUCGAUGAUGGAUGGAUACGAUUUGUGGCUGCCUCACAUCAGGUGGCCGAGCUGGUGAAAGAGCUACGCUGUGAACUGGACCAGCUGCUGCAGGAUAAAAUAAAGAAUCCCAGCAUGGACUUAUGCAUGUGCCCCCGUGGAUCGCGGAUCAUUGGCAUGAUUGUAAAGCUUGUGACCACGCAGUAACGUGAGAACACCUUUCUAUAAAGAUGCUGUUUGCUACUGCCCAAGAACAGACUGAGUAACAUCAGUGUCUUUGUAUAGUCAAAACAUGGCACUGAUCCUCUAGAAGACAAAGUUGGCAACGAUGACUCACUUUUUUUUUUUUUUUUUUUAAUUUAAACCUUUGACUAUUUGCAGAGAACUUACUGGUUGAAAAGACGGUAUGUCACAGUACAAACUGGGAAAUGGGAAAAUGGAAAAUCUUACAGGAGGAAUAGAAACCUCCAAGCAAGAAAAUGAAGUGUUUGUUGAUGAAGUUAAAUGCUGGCAAUAUGUUUUCUGGUCACAAAAAAAUACCUGCUACAUAGCUGUUGCUUGUAAUAGUAAUGGCUGGAGGCAGCAUGUUGCUUAGUAAGCUGCUCCCAAACUGGUCUAAACUCACUCCUGGUUUUUUUGGCCACAGCUUCACUGAGAGAGUCUAUGUUGGCUGAGCAGGAAUUGACUUGCUUAAGGAUCAAAAGCCUUUAAGAAGGUGGAAGCCUUUUUGCUCUUGUCAAGAGGUUCUGGAUUGGAUUUACAGAACCCCUUCUAGCAAAGAAAGACUACGACAGUUUGGUUCAGUUAGCUGGAGUAAUUUGUUGGCUCGGCACAGACUGCUUCCAGUUCAAUGGUAAGACUGCAGGAGAGGGUGGACACUGCCUCUGAAAGACCUGCUUUUCAGGCCCCCUGAACUGUGCAAAGAGCAGAACAGCUGAGAGGGACUGCUGUGGCCUAACAAAAAUGGAUCCUCAGGUAGACAGUUACUGCUUGCUGUUAAACUAUUCCGAUGAGAGGUAGUCUUCCUGCCACCCCAUACAACUGAAAGGAAUCCAAGGUUUUUAAAGUUUUAUUGGUUUUUUUGGUUUUUUGUUUUUUUAAGCCAAACUCCUGCUCUGGGGAGCAGACAGAUGGGGAAGCAUGUGGAGAAUGCUGCAGUAAUGAUGAGCUAUUACCUCUUCCCUUCUACACUGCAUAAUUAUAGCUGCUCUGCUUGGAAUAACAGCAAUUGCAAAUAAUAGUAAGUGCCUUAAGUGAAAUAACUUUGACUACUGUCAUCUGAAAUAGUAAAAUCACAGUAAACAGGAAGUGUCUGUACCAACAAACCUGCCUAGAAAUAGCCCUCAAGCAGAGGGAGGCAGAUCUUUUCAAGACUAGUUUGCUUUUUCAGAAAUGCAGUCAAGUGGUUAUAGAAACCAUUACACAGACACAGACAGACAGACAGACACACUCACACCCUUGCAUAAGGAAGUAAAAGAGAAACGAGUACUGAGACUGAAAUGCUGGCACACUAGGAUGUUCUCUGCAGGUAUGUUGAACUACAAAAGGCUGAACUUUCCCAGUAUCUGUUUAAAAUUACAGGAAGAACAGGUUAGUGCUAGCACCCUAUUCCUGUAAUUGCAUGUCUAUCUGCAAUAAAUGUUUUGUAGUAGAUGCCGGCUCUUGGUUUUCUGGGGGUUAGUGAAGAGCUGUGAGGCCUGGUAACACUGGGGGACUGUUAAAGCACUUUGGAGGACUGUGCUGUGUGUUUUCAGACAAAGCCCACAGCCCUUGGCUCUGUGCUAAGUGACACGUUGUUAGACCCGGCACCGCAUCCGUGUAUGACAGGCAGUCACUCUGGUAAGGAUGAGCAUGUACUCGGUAUUUGCUUUCAGGUAGGCUGUGGAGACAAAUAGGGACAGGUUCCAUCAUUUGCUGCCAAGUUUCAUAUACUUUCAAAACUGCUGCCCUCUUUCUUGAGUGAGAGGCCUCUGGCAUCAGGGAGGGCUGGGUUUUGGCUGGAAAGGCUCUAGGCAGUGCAUGCUAAAUGCUCCACUACAUUUUUCUUCUAUUUGAGCCAUCCCAAAGAAGUGAAGGUGAGGACAGGGGCAGCAGCUUAUGUGAUAGGGUAUAAUUAGAAGCAUCUAAGGAGCAGGAGGAAGGACUUGUUCUAGCACCUUGCUUUGGUAGCAGUGUAUAUUAAGUCUGGGAAGGGAAACAAAGUCCAUCCAUACAAUGAAAAGAUGACUGAUGCUGAGCCAGGUACACAGCAUUACAGGAUGCCACCCCUGUCCUGCCCCUGCUUUAUAGAUCACCUGGGCUAAACCAACCUUUAAGAGAGUUUUUAUGUAAUCAUUUCCCAUCCUCCUCUAACAGACAGGCUGGCUUCUAUGCUUUCUUGUGUAUGUACUUGCGUGCUUUCACAGGCUUAAGAGCUGUGUUUUUUUAGAUUUACUUACCUCCUCUAGCAGUCAGUCUCUGCAUGCAUGUGGCUGUAUGGCAGCCAAGCAGACCAUUCGUGUAGUGGCCUCUACACUAUGAUUUAUUUCAUUUUAGGCACUGCCUCGGUGCCAAGUUACAGGGAACUAGUGACUACUCUUACAUGAUGAUCUCAGUUUGUGCUUUUUAUACUUUACACAGAUCUAAAGUACAGAUAGAUGAAAUGCAUUAAAGCUGUAUUUAUCCCUCAGGUAUAUUUUUAUACAGGUAACUGUAUGCAAACCUUUAAAUCAGUGCCAGUCUCUAGACAGGGCAGCACCAUACAGCUUCCCCUCCAUUCCCUGCUACCCUUACAGUCAAGGCUUAAAAUACUACAAAGCAAUUGUGAAUAGCUGUGAGCAACUGAGCAGGGGAAAAAGCCAGUCAAACCUGCCAGGUGGGUGAUCAGGAGGAAAAGAGCUAGAGCCUAGCCACAUGCUCCCAGCUAGUACAGACUGCUAAGCAGUGCUACCUAAGCCUUCCUCAAUGCAGCUGGAGCUACCUUUGAAUAUUCCCAGGCAAGUCUUUAACAGGAGGACAUGAACCACCUUAAAUACAGAAGACCAGCACUGUACCUAGGGGCAGAAAUUGGAUGCAUUAACAACUGCAGUUCUGUCUUCCCAUAAUUUUCAGGGAGAGCACCCCCAUAGCAGGCAGGAGGGCCAGUACUCACAACAGCUGAAGACAUUGGCUACUUCUCUGAUCAGCUUAACAGGACCUGCAAGAAGCCCGCUCUUCCUAGCUGUGCUGUCAGCCUCCCUCAUGUUCCUGGCCAUAGAGCAUGCAACUGCAGGGCCUGCUACCCAGCUCUCCCCACUACUAAGGAGUGGAAAGACUGAAAAAGAAAGGUACCAUGAAACUAGCUUUAGUUUGCAGGUUUAUUGUGGAAUCAGCUUGCCUUAGCAGUACAGAAAGGAAAAAAGGGGACCCCAAAACAAACCAACCCUCAGGCUUCUAAGCACUGUUGCAUGGCAUACUUUCACCAUCUAUGCUGUAAACUGCAAGGCAGACAGCCAGUAAAUACCCACACAAGAAUGGUUAAGUAACAGCUUUGGGUAUUUCUGCUAAUACUGUUGUUUCCAGCUCCCUCUUUUCUGCAGCUUCUAACCAACUAAAACUUACAGCUAUAACCAAACAGUAAUUGCAGUAUUAGCAAGGAAAGCCAGUUAUCCUACUAAGCACCAAUGCACUAAGAUGUACCAAUAUGGGGAAGAAAGGAGAGAGGAGGGACACAAAGCUAGGAAAGUGCUGGUUAGUGUACAGGAAGCCUGCCUUCAUCAAGUCUUAGCUGAGGUCUAAUUAUUCUUCUUGUAAUAGCUGGACUACUUCUGAAAUAAUGAACAAAGUCCCUCUGAAAACUUUGGGUUUCACCCUCAGGUGCAUCCCCAGUCAUUAUGCUUUCUUCCAUUUUGGGUACUCUAUCACUAUUUCAGAGGCAUGGUUUGCCAGUUUGUUUUAAGCCUCCAAACACAUUAGCAUCAACCUAAGAAAAUUAAGGCUUUUAAAUCAAAAGUUUCUGGCAAUCUGAUCCCUUCACUGAAGCUCUAAAAAAAUAUUUACUUUAGCAGUUUACAUUCCAGAAGUAUUCCAAACACUUCCAGUUGAAGCUCACUGGUCCUUUAAUCAAUGGGGAAGACAGACCAGAGUUCACACAUACCUAACUUUUUGCCAU